CAUGAGACCCGGACGAUACGCAAUAGAAGGCAAUCAGGAUCAUGUCAGCGGCCUAUCGAGAACUGUUGAGCGGAGCUUUCUCCUGGCCGCGACAUUGUCGAGUGCGGUGGUCAUCAGCUUCUUGAGCAAUCCACGCAGUCUCAUCAAGAUGCCCAUUGUAUGCCAGGACGGGGUUCGGGUGCCUUCCAAGUCCAUGCAAUCCCUUAUAGCGAGCGCGUGUGUCCCUGAUUUGACUUGAUCACUUCCCUCCAGCUCCCUCGAGAGACCAGCACUGAGGCCUACGCUGAAUCUCCCCCCAUGGAGUUCAAUUCUCUGAUCGCGAUGGAUGUGACGGCGCUGCAGAUCAUCCUCAUGACAUUAGGCGUCGACUUUCUUUUCUACGGUGUCCAAUGUUGCCUCUUCGGCGCUGCUGGGGCAGCCCUAGCCCGCCGAGAGAAGACGUCCCGCAUCCUUCUCGCCGUCAUUGUCAUCUUCCUCGCCUGUUCGACUCUCGAAGUCGUCAUGGAUGCCACGUACUAUCUCGCCCAGUCGCGGAAUGACCAGAACACGGAUGUGAUGCGCUUGCUGUACCGCAUAGACUGCACGAUGGCGGUGAUAUCGCGGUUACAGUACGUUCUGAACAACGGGAUAGUCGUGUGGCGUGCGUGGGUCCUAUGGCCAGAGAGCGUCCGUGUCAAGGGAGCGCUGACCUUGUGCAUGAUCGCGACCGUAGUCGGCGCCGUUGUCGACUUCGCGCUGUGGUUGACGCACGGGAGGAUCAGCGGGACAGCGACUGGUUGGCUCAUGUGGGCGGUGCCGGUGCUAGUCACUAACGUCCUCGCUACGACACUGGUGGGAUUGCAGGUCUGGUAUUACAGGCGUGACGUCAAGGGCUCGCUGGGAAGAAUGAACACGGCGUCGCAAGUUGAAAAGAUACUUGUCCUGCUAAUCGAAGUUGGGCUAUUUUAUUGCUUGUUCUGGAUCGUCUACAUCUCGCUGGUCAUGACGGAGGAUAUGGUCUACUUCCACCCCUCCGACGUGGUCAUCAGAACUUAUCACUCCCUCGUCAGCAUAUAUCCCGCAUUCAUCAUCCUCGCUGUGGCCAUGCAGCGCUCGGCGACGGAGACGCUCCGGGAAACCAUGAUAACCCAUCCUUUGCGAUUUGGAGACGACGAGGGGCAGACGCAGGAGGUCAGCCUGCCUAUUCAUGACAACUGCGCGCUUACGCUGGACCGCACAACCAUUUUAUCAUCGCCCGGCACCGAUUUCCGAGAGCCUUCAUCAUCUGAGUGACUGUGUUUGUCCGUGUAUUGAUACGUUCUGUACUACAUGUUUCAGAUUUUCAGAACAACUGUGCUGUAUACUGUACCUCCAGAGACCCAAACCCCCAACCCCCGACACAGCGAGUAAGUACUGAUCCUGCCAGUGGCUGAAGUUCAACUGUGACGCAUCACAUGCCCGUGACCAUAACGUCAUACACUGCAACUUACGCAAAC